CAUCAUGCUACACAGUACGCGGUUCCGUCCCUCUUUCCGUUUGAGCUCCAGGACCCUUAUUUCUAGGCAACCAAGUAGUGCCUGAACAGAGACAACUAUUUCAAAUUUCGUAAGGGCGCAGCUCCGCCAUCUAAACAACAGCCCAACACAGGAGAGUGACAGAAGAUCAAGGACCGCGGUGUCGCGGCCAUCGAUCGCUUCCUCCCGUGUUCAGACGGCGGAAGAACCCGUCUGGGACCCGAGCCGGACCGCUGCAGAUCGACCGGUCUCCUCUGUGGAGAGGUAAAACCAGCCGCUCCAUGGACUCGUCGUCAUGAUGUUGGGUUCUUCCUUCUUCCCCUGCGGCCGGCUCCGGACCCGCCCUCUGCUCCGCCGCCUGCUCUCAGAGUUCUGGUCCGGCGGCGGCCCGGCGCCGUCCAGGCGGCUCGCCACCGAGGGCCACACCCUGCAGCCUGUGAUUGGCCAGGACUCCAUCGAGCUGCUGGGCCACUCCUACCCCCGCGACGACUUCACCAACGUCACGCCGAAGAUCCUGGCCAAGGUGGGCUUCCACCUGCAGAACCAGCCGUACCACCCGCUGUGGCUCAUCAAGGAGCGCAUCAAAGCUCACUUCUACAGCUCCUACGUCGGUCGCUGGGGCAACCCUCUGUUCUCCGUCCACGACAACCUGAGUCCAGUGGUGACGGUGGAGCAGAACUUUGACAGCCUGCUGAUUCCUCCUGAUCAUCCCAGCAGGAAGCCAGGUGAUAACUACUACCUGAACAGAACCACCAUGCUGCGGGCUCACACCUCGGCCCACCAGAGGGAGCUGGUCCGGUCCGGUCUGGACGCCUUCCUGCUGGCCGGAGACGUGUACCGGCGGGACGAGAUCGACACCAGCCACUAUCCGGUCUUCCACCAGAUGGAGGGGGUCCGACUCUUCUCCGACCACGAGCUGUUCUCCAGGGUCCGCGGCGGGGACGAGCUGAGCCUGUUCGAGCGCGGCGGGCGCCGGACCGCCCAGAAGCAGGAGAGCCACAGCCUGGAGGCCGUCAAGCUGGUGGAGUUCGACCUGAAGACCACCCUGACCCGACUCGUCACACACCUGUUUGGACCAGACGUGGAGGUCAGGUGGGUCGACUGCCACUUCCCCUUCACCCACCCCUCCUUUGAGAUGGAGGUGCGUUUCCAGGGCAACUGGAUGGAGGUGCUGGGCUGCGGCGUGAUGGAGCAGGAGCUGCUGCUGUCAGCCGGCGCUGGGAACAAGCUGGGCUGGGCGUUCGGUUUGGGUCUGGAGCGGCUGGCCAUGAUCCUCUACAGCAUCCCGGACAUCCGGCUGUUCUGGAGUCGGGACGAACGAUUCCUCAAACAGUUCAGGGUGGACGACAUCCAGACGCCCAUCAGCUUCCAGCCUCUGAGUAAAUACCCGCCGCUCCACAACGACAUUUCCUUCUGGCUGCCGGACGCCGCCGACCGCUUCACAGAGAACGACUUCUACGAACUCGUCCGCUCGGUGGGCGGAGACCUGGUGGAGAAAGUUACUCUGGUGGACGACUUCACUCACCCCAGGACGGGCCGGCGGAGUCACUGCUACCGCAUCGUCUACCGCCACAUGGAGCGAACUUUGACCCAGCAGGAGGUCCGGCGGGUCCACCAGCAGAUCGAGCGGACGGCGGAGACGGAGCUGGGCGUUCAGGGCCGGUUCUGAUUCUGAGCGCCGCUGAGCAGCUGCGACUCUUCGUGUUCAGGCGUCACAUUCUGCUGCAGAUGCUGCUGCAGGCGGUUCACACGCUGCUGCAGCUCUUCGUCAUCCUCCCUCCGCGCCUCUCCAGCCUUAACGUGUGAAUCUGACGUCGCCUUUACUUUCCAAAAACAUCGUCUGUGCGUCGGGCUGUUAAACCCUGAUGACUUCCUGUUUCUGAAAUCAGCUGCAUAAAUUAGCUAUAAAAACUCCUCGUUUAAAAAAGCUGCUGUAUAAAAUGAAUUUGACUCUUCAACAUUUUUGGGACAGAAAGUUUUUCUAUGUUCAGCUGUUUGGACACACAGGAAGAAAUUUAUCUAAAAUUUUUUUGGGAAUUAUGUUUUGAAUGUUGACUAAAGAGAAAAGUUAACAAUAAAAACGUUGGCACUAAUCUGGUUCCAUA